GUCCGUUGUCAUGACCCUGUAGCCCCGGCACGAUCCCACAGACCUAAAACCCCAAUCGAGAUUCGACAGGGAAACGGGCUUUCCUGGCGGCGACCACCGCUCACUGCAGCGACCCUCGUCGCCUCGUGCGGCCUCCUCUUCCGCGCCGCCGACCAUGUUCUCCAUCGCCGCCAUCAACGAGAGCGACACCGUCGGGCAAUGGGAGCCGCUCGCGCCGACCAAGGAAGCACAGGAAUCUGCACUUUCUCAUAAGUACCAUGAGGGUCUCCUCAAGUUACAAGAAAAGGACUACGCAAAAGCUCGUGAACUUUUGGAGGAUGUUUUGAAGGAUCCGCUAAUAUCACAAAUUCAGGUUGACAACAUUGGCAGCGAUCAGCAUUUGUUGCAGCUAAGGUUUUUGACAUUGAAAAACCUUGCAUCUGUUUUCCUUCAACAAGGAUCAAAGUUUCAUGAUAAUGCUCUCUGCUGUUACCUACAAGCUGUGGAGCUUGAUAGUUAUGAUUCAGUUGUAUGGAAUCAUCUGGGGACACUUUCUUGCACGAUGGGUUUAUUGAGCGUAUCAAGAUGGGCAUUUGAGCAAGGGCUAGUGUGCAGCCCAACCAAUUGGAACUGCAUGGAGAAACUAAUGGAGGUGCUUAUAGCGAUCCGUGAUGAAGUUGCAUGUCUUUCUGUAGCAAAUUUAAUACUUAGGAGCUGGCCAUCGCAUCAUCGUGCUUUACAUGUAAAGAAGACCAUUGAGGAUACUAACCCAGUACCUUUUGCACCUCGGGGUAUCGACAUACUUGAACCCAAGCAUGCCAGACUUGAUUUUUCCAAUAAAAGAAAAUCUGCAGAUGAUGAAAUGGAUCAAGAAACAAGGAAGAGGAGUAAACAGAAUGCUACAUUGCAACUCACUGAAGCCAAAUGGAGUGCCCUUUUGGAUGGUGUCAAAUGUUCCUUAACAGCAAAAGAGGGGAGUGUCAAGGGGGUUGCUAAUAACAUGAUGGAUGUUGCCUUAUCUAUAGACGCAUCCAAAACUGUAGACUCCGCUUCUGGAAGUGGAAAUGAUUUGUACCAUGAUGGUGAACGUUUGCCAUCUAAUGAUUGCAAAAGUACAGCUAAAGAGAAAGAUGUUAAUUCAGACAGAGAACAGCCUCACGAAAGGCGAAGCAGGCGCCUGGAGAGGCUGCGUAGUCGCAAAUCCGGAAAAGAUGAAAAUGAAUCCAAUGGCAAAGAUAUAUCACAUGCUAUAACUCAGUUUCUAGAUCCAUUUAUCCUGAAGGGGGUAAGUGAUACAGAAAAGACUGAUUGUUCUGCAAAUGCGGAUAUGUCUGAUCCGGAAACUGUCACAUAUACAUCCGACCAUGAAGCUGAUGAUGUUAAGCAUUUUCUCUCUAAGAUAUGCAAGAAUUAUGGUCCUCGUCAUAUUGGAUUUAUGUUAUUGGAAGAGAUAGCUCAUCUUAACAUACCUUGUCAAGAUAACUUCGCUAAGUUAAUUGAACUAGACAAACUUACUAGAGGCUGGGGUCAAGAUAGAUCUGCACUGUGUAGUUUAUUUCUUGCUGAACUGUACUAUGAUCGAGCUAUAUGUUCUGGAAGCCCAUCAGCAUCCUCAGAGCUCCUCGAUUGUUGUUACCAUCUUUGUCAAGUAAUCAAGUCAAUAGUUGUGGAACUACCCUUGAGCGCAUGUGUCGAGAAAAUGAACUCCACCAGCUUUGAUUUGGAUAAGGAGAUCCGCAGGGCAGAAAUAUGUUCAAGUGAUAAAACAGAGGGAAACAAGACAGAUCUGUCCAAAGGCUCUGUAAACUCUAACGAAUUAGUUUCCAGUAACAUGCUUGGGGAUGAAACAUCUGAAUACAGUAUUUCAAAUACUGAAUGCGUGAACUGGAUUCGCUUCUACUGGCUUAGUGGUUGUCUGUCUCUUUCAGAAGACCGCAAAGGAAAAGCUUACAGGGAGUUCAACGCUGCUUUGUCACUCCUAAGAAGUAGUGAUGAAGCCAAGGGCAGUAGAAAGUUUAUACUUCUACCUCACUGCAAGUCUGUAAAAUUUCCGACAGCUGAUACUAUUCUGCGUGAAAUUAACUUGAUCAAGCUAGAAGCUUUACUUUGGAAGAAUGAUGAAAAUAUCAACAACAUAACUCAUACAGAGUUCAAGGAAUUGCUUCCUCCACUUUUACUUUCCACCAGUGAUGUCUACGUAGGCAAUGCAUGUCGUUCACAGAGCGAAAGGGAGAGAGUGAUUUCACUUGAGUUGUGUGCCUUGGAUGUCUUAAUAUCAGCAUGUGAAAAAGCUAAACCAAUGAACCUCAAGAUCUAUCUUGAUUCCCACCGGAGGAAACUGCAGGUUCUAACUGUGGCAGCUGGCAUGGUUGGAUCUGUUGCCCCCCAGAAGGAAAAAAAUUCAAGUGACGCGGACUUUGUGGAAGCAAUGAACAGAAAUCGACUAGAAAGUGUUGUGGAAGCAGUCAAGGAUGUAUCUCGAAAUGCGAGUACAGCAAAAGACAUUAUUGAUCAGCGUGAUAUUUCUGAUGGGCAAGAUGGUUUGAGUUUACAUAUCAUCGGUGGUAUUCAAUCAUUGCUCCUGACAAUCAUGUGCGCUGCUGUCAAGAUGAUCUCGUGGAGAAAACUCUCAUGCUCUGGGACCUCGUAUCAGGCUGACCACUUGGAGAGUUCUUGCCUUGUAGAUGCAGCCAUUGCAUUUUGCAAACUUCAGCACCUUGAUCCUACAAUAUCUGUCAAAACUCAGGUUGACUUACUUGUUGCAGUCCAUGAUUUGCUUGCUGAGUAUGGGCUCUGCUGUGCUGGAAUGGAUGGUGAAGGGGAGGAAGGGACUUUCCUCAAGUUUGCAGUCAGACAUCUCAUGGCACUAGACGUGAAGCUAAAAUCUCAACUUAAUCCAAAUGGGUUGGAAGGAGAUGCACUUCCAAAAAAUAACAGCGGAGAAGACAGUGUAACUGAUGAACCCUCUGUUUGUGACGAUAAACAUAGCUCUGAGGAUGAGGAAGAAACAGAAUUGGAGGAAAUACAGUCAAGUAUUGAUAGUGCCUUGGACCAGGCUUUUUUCUGCUUAUAUGGUUUGAAGAUAAACCCAGAUUCUUCCAGUGAAGAUGAUCUAGCAGUACAUAAAAAUACAAGCCGUGGUGACUAUCAAACAAAAGAACAAUGCGCUGAUGUUUUUCAGUAUGUCCUACCAUAUGCGAAAGCUCUAUCAAAAACUGGCUUGGUUAAACUGCGGAGAGUGCUCCGCGCUAUACGGAAACACUUUCCCCAGCCACCUUAUGACUUGCUAGUUAAUAAUCCUCUUGACAAUUUCUUGGAUGGACCUGAUUCAUGUGAAAAGAUACUCUGUGAAAUUUAUGAAACUCGUGGAUCUACGGAAGCAAUCCUGAAUGUACUGUUCCCAGGCGAAAGUGGCUAUGAAGCAUUCAAAAAACUUUCCACUGACAGCUCUGGGCCUUACUCGGAUGUUUAUGGAAACCUGUAUUACUACAUAGUACAAGCAGAAGAUAUAAGUGCCUCUGAUAAGUAUACAGGUUUUGUGUUGAAAAAGGAAGGAGGUGAAUUUGUUGAACAAAGUGCUAAUCUUUUCAAGUAUGAUUUAUUGUAUAACCCAUUGAGAUUUGAAAGCUGGCAAAGGCUUUCAAAUCUAUAUGACGAGGAAGUUGACCUGUUGCUGAAUGAUGGUAGUAAACAUAUAAGCAUUUUGGAUUGGCGAACAAAUACAGCUUUAACCCAAAGGGUUGAGAUGGGUCGUAGACAUAGUCGGCGCUGCCUGUUGAUGAGUUUAACAUUGGCCAAUACUGUCACUGAGCAGAUCGAAAUACAUGAAUUGUUGGCCCUAGUUUACUAUGACAGCCUUCAAAAUGUGGUACCCUUUUAUGAUCAAAGAGCUACUUUGCCAGUGAAGGAUUCAACAUGGAAUAUAUAUUGCCAGAAUUCUAUGAAGCACUUUGAGAAAGCUUUUGAACUCAAGGCUCAAUGGCUCCAUGCAUUUUACCUUGGAAAGCUGUGUGAGAAACUGGGGCAUUCCCCUGCUAAGGCAUUUUCAUACUACAACAAAGCCAUGACGUUGAAUCCUACUGCAGUUGACCCGGUUUACAGGAUACACGCAUCACGCAUGAAGUUACUUUAUACUCGAGGGAAACAGAAUCUUGAUGUUAUUCAGGUGGUUGCUGAUUACACAUACGAUCAGACGACAAAGGAAAAUGUCUCGAGCAUGCUGGGGUCCAUAACUAAUGUCAGGCAUUCAUCCUCUGACCAGAACAAUAAUGUUCUUGAUAGUAAAAAGGAAAAUAAGUUAGCUGAGUCUGAUUUACUUGAUAAAGUAUGGCAUAUCCUUUAUGAUGAUUGUUUGUAUGCCCUUGGUACUUGUGUGGAAGGGGAGCUAAAGCAUUUCCAUAAAGCAAGGUACAUGCUUGCACAAGGAUUGUACAGAAGGGGUGAAGCAGGGGACCUGGAACGGGCUAAGGAAGAGCUCUCAUUUUGUUUCAAAUCUACCCGGUCCUCCUUUACAGUGAACAUGUGGGAAAUUGAUGGCACUGUUCGAAAAGGAAGGAGGAAAAAUCCAAAUAUUGGUGUAUCCAGAAAGAAUCUGGAGGUCAGUUUAUCAGAAAGUUCACGAAAAUUCAUUACAUGCAUCAGGAAGUAUAUGAUACUGUACUUGAAUCUGUUGGAGAAGAACAGUGACUUGUCGACUCUUGAGAGGGCAUACACAUAUCUGCGAACUGAUAAGAGGUUUGCUCUAUGUCUGGGUGAUAUUGUUCCUCUGGGUCUUGGGAAGUACCUUCAAGUUCUAACAACAGCAAUACGAGAUCCUGAAGUUCGUCGAAUUUGUGGUGAUACUCCUGUUGAGGAACUACUUGAGAAAAUGUUCAGUGUAUUCAUGGACCAUGCAAACUUGUUGGCUGAUAUAAGCACUAUACCAGAGGUGAACAGUCCAGAGUUGUCAGAAGGCAAUCUUUACAGCUAUAUCCACGAAUAUAUCCGUUUGCUUGAGAGUGAUAUUCGACUAGAUGUUCUUGAAACUUUAAAUGAGAAGAUAAGAAAGCGUUUCAAGACACCUAAGUUGUCAAAUAGCAACUUCGCGAAGAUCUGUAAGCAUGCUUCUCUGUCAUGGUGCCGGUGUAUACUAAUCAAACUGGCCUCAAUCACUCCACUGCCUGAAUCUGUGGACACAGCCAAUCAGCUUGUUCCAAUAUCCAAGGGCCAUCUACUUUAUGUUGAUUUGCAACCUGAUGAGCUGCUCAUCUCAUCCCCUGAUGGGCCUGCUCAGUUCAAAGGUCUUGACAUGAAUUGGUUUGAGACACUCAAUAGAAUCAAAAACAUUGCGAUCAGACAGACAUCUGAAGAUAACAUGGAGAGUGCUGUUACUGUAAUGAAGAGCACUUACAACUUUUAUCGGGAGAGUUCGUGUGGAACGUUUCCCUCGGGUAUUAAUCUCUACACAGUAACCCCAUCCCAGGCACCUGUUGAAGGGCUACAGCAAGCCCCUGGUAUAGUUGAUACACUUGACCUAAGCAUUCCAAGGAAGCUCCUUCUGUGGGUAUAUACAUUGGUUCACGGUCGAUACUCCAACAUAUCUGCUGUUGUAAAGUACUGUGAUGAGAUGAAGGCAAGAAAUAAAAGAGGAGCCUCAAUAGUGACAGCUUCAUCACAAGUUGCACCUCCAGCACCGCACAGCUCUGUUUCUUCUCUUGGUAUUUCAUGUAGCUCCAAGGAGAAGAGCACACACACUGAGUCCAGUGAAGCUCAUGAAGCAAAUCCUUAUGCUCCUGCAGUGGCCAGUGCUCUUCCUCACCAAGAAGCAGGAGGCACAAGCACCUCUUUGAAUACCACCGAGGCCCAGAAACCCACCACUGCAGCAUCUCAGCUUACUCGGAGCAGUUCUUCCAGGGCAAUGGAAAAUGCUCAGGAUGGUGGCAGAGGAAAUAUGAAUACAGCUUGUGUGAACCCUGCGGAUGGUUCUAAGUUCUGAUCGCGUUGAAGGCAUCACCCAUUCCAGCCGAAAUAUGACGUACAAUUGUAGCAAAUCUUUUUAAAAAUGUUGAGUAUAAUCUAUUACUUUACGAGUGAGUGAGAGAAGCAUGGAGAGGUUGCAGUAAGUGAUUUGUACAGUUUUUCUCUUCUGAACUUGCGCUCCUGAAAGAGUGGAGAGGAAUGGGCGGGCUUAAGUUUGUUCUAUCCUGAUGCCAUGUCCCAAUGUCCGGAACCAAGAAGGAAGCAGUUCAAUUCUUGAAGCAAUCUAUAGGAGAUUUCUGAACUCCAAAGAUGGUCUUGACAUAUUUCAGUAUCUUCUAUCUUGUAUGCUAGCUCUGUAGCUGUGUGUUGCUGUGGAUAGAACAAUUGUAUAUAUUAGUGGUACCAUCUGAGUAGAUUAUUGUUUGAAUUAGAAGGAGGAAAGGAGUUAUCUCUGUUUUCCCUUACAGUAGGAAAAGAGGUGAUGGAUGGUUGUAAACGAAUGACUAUGAGUAAAGAAAAUGGAAUAUUUGCCUUCUACCA